AUGUUUGCUUGUAUUCUACUUGUGUUGAUAUUUUCAAGUUUCUCAAGAAAAGAGACAAUAUUUUUCACUAUUAUUUAUCGAACCAAUGUGAGUGAUGUCAACUUACCAGCGAUGAUUGAUCUGGAUUCGCUCGCUAACAUUGUCAAUAAUAACUUUGGGUUGGUCAAUGUCAAUAUUAAUAUGGCUCAAUUCGUACCGAUGUCUAUAAAUCAAAAUGUUAAGAAGCGUGAAAUAAUAAAAUAUGUGAAUCUAUGUAGAAAUGAAGAAACUAAUCCAAUGGGUGAUCUCUUUAUUGCCCAUGUUUCGGCUGUAUAUCCAUUAAAUUAUAAUAUAGGGACACAUCAAAAACAUUUGUUCAAAAAAAUAAAACUAUACAACACAGCUGCAUACAGGUCAUUCAAUAUCCCCAUAAAGUUCGUUGAUGGACAAACAAUUCCAGUAAAAAUGAACUUUUGUUCAUUUCAACAUAUUUCAUUAUCAAUAUCCUCAAGUGCCAGAAAUAUUCAAAAAAGACAUUCAAAAACCAUGACCUACAAUGAUACAAUCUAUUCAAUACCAAAAUUUAUUCUAAGUAAAAGUUGGAACGAGAACAUUACUUUGAAUACUAACAACAAAACCAGAUAUGGUUCCUGUCAAGGUGGUCUUUAUCCAAACGAUGAAAAAUGCGUUGCUUACACAUAUGGGCCGGAUCCUAUUCAAGUCAUUGAAUGUCAUUUACCCAAAGGUCCUUAUGCUCCUCUUGUUGUACUGCUGAUACACGGUGGCUUCUGGAGCGCUAAGUACAAUCGUUCACUGGAAGAUGCCGUUGGCAACGAUCUUCUCCGUUUUAAGACUGUUGUCUGUAAUUUGGAUUAUCGUUCUAUUGGCAACGAUGGUGGUUAUCCGAACACUUUCUAUGACGUGGCCAAUGGCACCGAUCUUAUACGGACGAUUGCUGAAGAACAUGGUUUCAACAGUGAUCGAAUAAUUGUUGUCGGUCAUUCAGCUGGAGGACAAUUAGGAGGCUAUAUUACAGGGCGCUUCAGACUAAAGUCAAAUCAACCUGGUUAUAGCACAAAUCCUGUUCGUCCUAUAGCUUUUGUUAGUCAGGCCGGUGUCAAUAAUCUUUGGGAUGGCUGUGAUCAUGCUGAAGAAACAGGUUCUGGCGCAGUGAUUUCAUUUCUCGGUGGAAAGUAUCAGAUGUAUCCAGAACGAUAUGUGUUCUCGUCUUUGGCAGCUUCAAGCAAUCUUUCAAUCAAAGUACAAUAUCCUAGCCAAUUUCUACCACUAGAAGUACCAAUGCAAGUUAUAACUGGAUCAGCAGACAUCACUGUCCCUAUUAGUCAAACAAUAACUUUAGCUGAACAAGCAAAAUUUGCUGGUGAUAACUGUACUGAAGUGAUAGUUGAAGGUGAAGAUCAUUUUGUUCAUCUAAAUAUCUCUUCGAAAUCGUGGAAUAGAACACUCACUUUCGUGUUAUCUUUCAUUCACUGA